GUCGAAAAUUGGACAUUUUCCAGUCGAAGACGGACAUACAGUCGUAGCCUGGAAUUUUUCCUGAUAUGUCUGAAGUAGUAGAUGUAGAGGUACUCCCAGACGCGGAAGUACCGUCAACGGCAGACGUUGACGCCGGUGAGAGCGCGAUGGAAGAAGACAGCGAAGUUGAAGUUUUUGCCUUUCAGGCAGAAAUUGCUCAACUCAUGAGUCUCAUUAUCAACACCUUCUACUCCAACAAGGAAAUCUUUCUUCGAGAAUUGAUUUCCAACUCAUCUGAUGCGUUGGACAAGAUUCGCUACGAAAGUCUUACCGACCCUUCGAAGCUAGAUUCGGGCAAGGAGCUGUUUAUUCAUAUCGUGCCAAACAAGGAGGAGAACACGGUGACAAUCCGCGAUACUGGGCUCGGUAUGACGAAAUCCGACUUGGUAAACAAUCUUGGAACGAUUGCGAAGAGUGGAACAAAAGCUUUCAUGGAAGCUUUGACCGCUGGUGCUGAUAUAUCGAUGAUUGGUCAGUUUGGUGUGGGUUUCUACUCAGCGUAUCUUGUAGCUGAACGAGUAGUUGUUGUUUCAAAGCACAAUGAUGAUGAGCAAUAUGUCUGGGAAUCAGCAGCAGGUGGCUCUUUCACUAUUCGACGUGAUGUCGAUGGUGAACCACUUGGUCGAGGAACAAAAAUUACCAUUUACUUGAAAGAAGAUCAAACUGAGUACCUGGAAGAGAGAAGAGUUCGGGAAGUUGUGAAGAAGCACAGCCAAUUCAUUGGAUAUCCCAUCUCUCUUCAAGUUCAGAAGGAAAGAGACAAGGAAAUUAGCGAUGAUGAAGCGGAUGAUGGUGAUGAUAGUAGUAAACCAAAGAAAGAGGAAGAUGAAGAUGAUGCUGACAGUAGUAAACCAAAGGUGGAAGAUGCAGACGACGAUUCAUCAUCAAAUGAAGACGAGCCAAAAGAGAAAGAGGGCAAGAAAAAGAAGAAAAUCAAGGAGAAGUACAGCGAAUUAGAGGAGCUGAACAAGACCAAGCCAAUUUGGAUGCGUAAUCCUGAUGAUAUCAGCAAGGAAGAGUACGGUGAGUUCUACAAGAGUCUCACCAAUGACUGGGAAGAUCACAUGGCUGUCAAACACUUCAGCGUUGAAGGUCAACUUGAAUUUCGAGCUCUCUUGUUCUGUCCUCGUCGGGCACCGUUUGACUUGUUCGAGAACAGAAAAGUGAAAAACAACAUCAAGCUCUAUGUUCGUCGAGUUUUCAUCAUGGAGAACUGUGAUGAAUUGAUGCCAGAGUAUCUCAAUUUCAUCAAGGGUGUCGUCGACUCCGAAGAUCUACCACUCAACAUCAGUCGUGAGAUGUUGCAACAAAGCAAAAUCUUGAAGGUCAUUCGUAAGAAUCUCGUGAAGAAAUGCAUUGAAUUGUUCACUGAUGUCGCUGAAGACAAGGACAACUACAAGAAGUUGUAUGAGCAGUUUUCUAAGAACCUGAAGCUGGGCAUCCACGAAGACAGUGUCAACCGCAACAAAAUUGCUGAUUUACUACGUUAUCACACAUCUCUAUCAGGGGAUGAAAUGACCUCGCUCAAGGAUUAUGUUUCACGAAUGAAAGAAGAUCAAAAGGAUAUCUACUACAUUACGGGAGAAAAUAGGGAGCAAGUUUCACAAUCGGCAUUCGUUGAACGAGUUCGGAAAGCAGGCUUUGAAGUAGUCUACAUGGUAGAUCCUAUCGAUGAGUAUGCAGUCCAGCAACUGAAGGAAUACGACGGCAAGAAGCUGGUGAGCGUAACGAAAGAAGGUCUCGAGCUACCUGAAGGCGAAGAGGUCAAGAAGAAGUUUGAAGAAGACAAGGCCAAGUAUGAGGGACUCUGUAAAGUGAUGAAGGAAAUCUUGGACAAGAAGGUAGAAAAGGUCGUCGUUUCUCAGCGUCUCGUCCAGUCUCCUUGCUGCAUCGUUACCAGUCAGUAUGGCUGGACUGCCAACAUGGAACGAAUCAUGAAGGCACAAGCUUUACGAGACAACAGCACAAUGGGAUAUAUGGCAGCCAAGAAGCAUCUCGAGAUAAACCCCGAUGACAGCAUUGUGCAAACUUUAAAGAAGAAAGUAGAUGCUGAUCGCAAUGACAAAUCAGUCAAGAACCUUGUCCUGCUUUUGUUCGAGACAGCUUUACUCUCUUCUGGCUUCUCACUAGAAGAUACGAAGACCCAUGCAGGUAGAAUACACCGAAUGAUCAAACUAGGACUGGGAAUAGACGAGGACGUUGAAGGUGAAGAUGCCGAUUUGCCACCAGAGGAUUUGCCUCCUCUCGAGGGCGAAGAUGAGGAUCAAUCACGCAUGGAAGAAGUCGAUUAGAAUGACAUGACUGACUGUAGGUUGUUAAUUGCAGCUUUGAGAUAGUGUAGUAUUGCACAUGAGCAUGAGCACUUGUACUGCUGCUUGCAUGUUGCUUGAAUUUGGGAAUAAUAGGAAUUGUGUUGGAAUUCA